AUGGCCUUUCUGUGGCUCGUCUCCUGCCUCGCCCUCCUGGGCUCGACCUCCAGCUGCGGGGUCCCCGCCAUUCAACCUGUGCUCAGUGGCCUCUCCAGGAUCGUCAAUGGCGAGGUUGCCAUCCCUGGCUCCUGGCCCUGGCAGGUGUCUCUGCAGGACCACACGGGCUUCCACUACUGCGGGGGCUCCCUCAUCAGUGAAAACUGGGUAGUGACCGCUGCCCACUGCCCUGUCAAGUCCAUAGACAUGGUUGUGGCUGGCCUGUUCAACCAGCGCCUUCCUGAUGAGAAUAUCCAGACCCUCAGGAUCGCCCAGGUCUUCAAACACCCCAACUACAACAUGUUGACUGACCGCAACGAUAUCAAGUUGCUGAAACUGGCCAGGCCUGUCCGUUUCUCCGAGACCGUGUCCACUGUGUGCCUGCCCAGCGCUGACGACGACUUCCCCGCUGGCACCAUGUGCGCCACCACCGGCUGGGGCAAGACCAAGUACAAUGCCAGCAAGACCCCCAGCAAGCUGCAGCAGGCUGCCCUGCCCCUGCUGGCCAAUGAGGAGUGUAAGACCUUCUGGGACAGCAAGAUCACCGACGACAUGUUGUGUGCGGGCGCAAAUGGUGUCUCCUCCUGCAUGGGUGACUCUGGCGGCCCCCUGGUCUGCCAGAAGGACGGAGCCUGGACCCUGGCUGGCGUCGUGUCCUGGGGCAGCGGCUACUGCUCCACCUCCACUCCUGCUGUGUACGCCCGUGUCACCGAGUUCCUGCCUUGGAUUCAGGAGGUCAUGGCCUCCAACUAA